CCCCAUCUCCAGUUCCCAACGGUCGAAAUUGCAAAAUUUGAACACCCUUCGCACUAAAAAGGAAAGCGAAAAGGAAGACACCCCAUUAACUCACUCGUUUAUUUCUUCAUUUCACAAAUUCGAACAUUUAAUUUUUUUGAAAAGCAGCAGCAACAUUUUUGUACUUAAAAUUUAGACAAGCCGUAAUUUUUUUGUCAUGGAAACCUGCAAAUUCGACGAAUUUCCCCAAAUUGAAGAGGAAACCCUAAUUCCGGGGAUUUCAUCUUCUGGGGUUUUGGAUUUGGACAAGAAAGAUCCACCUGAGGUUGACUCACCAAAUUUUUCGGUAGAAAGAACCCUUAUUGAGGAACAUAAAGAUUCCCAAAUGAAUGACUUUCAAGACUUUUCUGGGGAUUUUAUGGUUUGCGAUUCGAGUUCGAGGCUAGUUCCAAGUGGGUUCUCAAGAUCGUGUUGUACAGAAGACAUUGUCACAUUUGUUAAUGCUGGCUGUGAGGAUUCAACUCAAGCAGAAUCAGGUGUAGAAUUUUCGGCAGAUGAUAAGUAUCAAGGCGGGGAUUUUCUAAGAACCAAUGAAUGCAUAAUUGAGGGUGGGGAUUACCCUUUCGUAUAUCAGUCGGCACGAUUUGGAAACUUUAGUUACCAGUUCAACAAUCUUCCUCCUGGGAAUUACUUUGUUGACCUUCACUUUGCUGAGAUCAUGUAUACCUAUGGACCGAAAGGAAUUAGAGUAUUCAAUGUCGUGAUUCAGGAUGAUAAGGUUCUAUCUGAUUUUGAUAUUUUUGCUGUGGUUGGAGCAAACAAGCCACUACGGCUAGUUGACUGUAGAGUCCCUGUAAAGGAGGAUGGUAUGAUUCUGAUUAGGUUUGAAGGGGUUCAUGGGUGUCCAGUGGUAAGUGGAAUUUGCAUUCGCAAAGCACCGGAAAUGGAAGAUUUUCAGGUGACAAAUGAAGCACUUAGGUGUCAGAAUUGUGCUGCUGAAAUAGAAGUUCCUCUAGCUCAGGAAAAAGGCAUGCGACUGAAAUCAACAGCUAAGUAUGAAAAGAAAAUAGAAGAAUUGAGUCAGCAGUGCCAGCGCAAAACAGACGAAUGCUAUCAAGCCUGGAUGUCUUUGACAGCAGCAAAUGAGCAGUUGGAGAAGGUUAGAAUGGAGCUUGACAACAGGUUAUUCCAGUCUUACUCUCUAGACCAGACUGUGGAGAAGCAAGCUGAAAAUUUGAAAGCUGUAUCUAGUAAGUAUGAGCAUGAUAAGAAGGUCUGGAUGACGGCAAUAUCUGGUUUAGAAGAAAAAAUUAAGAACAUGAAAGAAGAACAUGCGCAGCUUGCCCAUAAUGCGCAUGAGUGUGCUGAUUCAAUUCCAGACUUAUCCAAUAUGGUUUUAGCGGUUCAGAUGUUAGUUGCUCAGUGUGAGGAAUUCAAGCAGAAGUAUGUUGAAGAACAAAGGAAGAGAAAGAAGCUUUUUAAUGAAGUUCAAGAGGCCAAAGGGAACAUCAGGGUCUUCUGCCGCUGCCGGCCUCUCAGUAAGAAGGAGCAGUCAAUUGGAUAUGCAACUGUAGUUGAUUUUGAUGGAGCCAAAGAUGGGGAGCUUGCAAUUUUGAAUGGCGGAUCAAAUAAGAAGAUUUUCAAAUUUGACAGAGUGUACACACCAAAGGAUGACCAAGUUGAUGUAUUUGUGGAUGCUUCUCCAAUGGCAACAUCAGUUUUGGAUGGAUAUAAUGUCUGCAUAUUUGCUUAUGGUCAAACCGGAACUGGAAAGACCUUUACGAUGGAGGGUCCAGAGCAAAACCGUGGUGUGAACUAUAGAACUCUUGAGAAGUUAUUUCAAAUUGCUCAGGAGAGAAGUGAUACCUUCACCUACGACUUAUCGGUCAGUGUACUUGAAGUUUAUAAUGAGCAGAUCAGGGAUCUCUUGGAUACCUCACCAACAUCUAAAAAAUUAGAGAUAAAGCAGGCCUCUGAAGGAUUGCACCAUGUUCCUGGAGUUGUUGAAGCAAAAGUGGAGAAUACAAAGCAAGUGUGGGAAGUACUGCGGGCUGGGAGUAAUGCAAGGGCUGUAGGGUCUAAUAAUGUGAAUGAGCAUAGCAGCCGUUCUCACUGCAUGCUUUCAAUAAUGGUAAAAUCAAAGAAUUUGAUGAACGGAGAAUGCACAAAAAGCAAGCUUUGGCUAGUAGAUUUAGCUGGCAGCGAGAGGCUUGCAAAGACAGAUGUGCAGGGAGAGAGAUUGAAAGAAGCCCAGAAUAUCAAUAGAUCGUUAUCAGCUUUAGGAGAUGUGAUAUCUGCUUUGGCAAAUAAAAGCAGCCACAUCCCCUACAGGAAUUCCAAACUUACACAUCUACUGCAGGAUUCAUUAGGAGGUGAUUCUAAGACAUUAAUGUUUGUACAAAUUAGUCCAUCGGAGCAUGACUUGGGUGAGACUUUGAGCUCACUGAAUUUUGCCAGUCGAGUCCGUGGGGUUGAAUUGGCCCCACCUAGAAGACAGAUUGAUACAAGUGAGCUUCAGAAGACAAAGAUGCUGCUUGAUAAAGCAAGGCAAGAAUCCAAAUCCAAAGAGGAAUCCAUAAGAAAGCUAGAAGACAGCCUCCAAAAUAUUGAAAAUAAAGCUAGGAGUAAAGACCAGACUUAUAAGAACCAGCAGGAAAAGAUUAGGGACCUUGAAGAACAACUUGGGUUGAAGGCAGCUUCACAUAGCCAGUCGGAGAAACAACUUCAACAACUUCAAGACAGAUUGAAGGGGAGGGAAGAAGCUUGCUCUAGUCUGCAAUUUAAGGUAAAAGAGCUAGAGGACAAGUUCAGAGAACAACAACAGAAUGAUUCUGCAGCCAUACAGCAGGUGAGGAAUCUUGAGAAGAAGCUUAAAGAGCAAUUGCAAGAAUCUGAAAUUCAUUGUCUAGCUCUUCAACAAAAGAUCAAAGAGCUGGAGCUUAAAAUAGAGCAGGAAAGCAACAAGGAGUCUACUUCGCUUCAUGAAAAGAUUAAAGAGCUUGAACAAAAGUUAAAGGAUCAAGAACGACAGUUAGAGCUAAGGAUACUGCAACCACUAGACUUUGUUGAAGUAGCAGGUGCCUCUCCUAUUGUAGAAAGGCCGCCUUUAAGAGAUGAAACAAUGAGUGAGGUUGAUCCGUUUAUUCUGAGAAGCUCUAACUCAUCAAACAGGAUGAGCCAUGGCUCCACAUUAUCAAGAAGAAGCGAAGUUCCCAUUGAUAUGAGAAGGAAAAGAGGGUUUAGAAGUGGAGAGGCGGAAAACCAAAUGCCCGCUCCAGUUCCUUUCCAUGAUAAGAAAAUCAGGAAGUCUGAUCCUCCUAGGCCAUUUUCUCGUGUGACAAAGACCACAACAAGACCCGUGGGUGCGCCUGCGCCCCCUCAAAGACCCGUUCCACACAGUAGAGUUACCAGAGAAAAGGAAACCAAAGAAAAGAUUACUAAGAAGAGGAUAUGGUCCUGAUUCUUCUUAAGAUUAGAACACAGUUAACAACUUAUUACAGGCAACUAACUUGUGUUGUCUUUCUAGUGUUUUUAGUCUCUGUGUUAAGCUACUCAGUGAGAUGCAUGUAUUUUUUAUUUACUUUUUUUUGUGUGCAAAUGAGCCACAAAGGAAAAUAAAUUACAAAUGGGGGUGGGAUAUUCGAACGUGAUACCUAUUGUAUACAAGUUUUCAGUCUUGAUGAUCAAGACCUCAUUUAGUAAAAUGCAUGUAAUGCAAGUGAUUCUUUUUCUCUUCUA